CAUUCAACAAUGUCAGCUGAUCGUAAUGUCAUUCUGGUGUCAAAACAUUUAUCAUUUUCAUAAAUUCAUAUUUCGUAUCGCAAUUCGCACACCUAAAGUACUCCGUAUCUACUUUUUGUAAUUUUAUUGAUUUUAAUUUAACAUAUCCUGUGAGUUGACUACGUUAGGGAUUGGGUAAUAAGAGUGAUAAGCUGUAACUAUGCCUGUUGCCGAAGUGCGGAGUUUAUUUCAAACAAGAAUAACUGAAAAUCCAGAUCACGGAUUUCAUCCAUUAGACUUUGACCGUACAAAAGAUGAAAAAUAUAUACGUAGAGUCCUUAAACAUUGUUCUGAAGACCCUAAACAAGCUGCUGACAUGCUUUGGGAUAUACUAACUUGGCGGAAAACUGUUGGAGCCAGUGAUAUAAAUGAAUCUAAUAUAAAAAUGGAUUAUGUAGAAGAAGGUAUAAUAUUUCCACAUAGCAGAGAUGUUGAUGGUUCUCUCUUACUCAUAAUAAAAUCCAAAAAGCAUGUCAAGGGUACAAAGGAUUUUGAAGAAAUUAAAAAAAUAAUUAUAUACUGGUUUGAUCGUAUGGAAAGGGAGGAAAAUGGAAAUAAAAUAUCAUUAUUCUUUGAUAUGGAUGGUUGUGGGCUUAGCAAUAUGGACAUGGAACUUAUACAAUAUUUAAUAUCACUUUUCAAGUAUUACUAUCCCAAUUUCUUGAACUACAUAAUUAUUUUUCAAAUGCCAUGGGUUUUAUCAGCUGCAUUUAAAAUUGUCAAGUCGCUUCUGCCUGCCCAAGCAAUUGAAAAAUUAAAAAAUGUUAACAAAGACUCGUUAAAAAAUUUUGUCCACCCUGACCAGGCUUUAACUUGCUGGGGCGGUACAUACAACUAUGUAUAUGAAUUUAUACCAGAAAGUCGUGUUACCCCAGAACAUACGCCUAAAAAGGUCACAUUUGCACAGCAAAAUGAUAUAAAACCGACAGGUGAUAUGCUUAAGAUACAGCCGAGUAAUUUGAUUGUGUUUAAAAAUGAAACUGAUGAUAUAACUGGGCAAUUUAUAAUCACAAACAAUGAUCCUUCUGUUAUAUCUUUUAAGAUUCGGACAACAUCUCCAGAAAAAUUCAGAGUACGGCCAAGUUCAGGUGUUUUAGCUGUGGGAGCAUCCCAAUCAGUCAUGAUUGUGGUUCAACCAGGGUUCCAACUGAAAAACGUGUCCAAAGAUAUGUUUCUCGUUAUGUGUAUGCAAGUACCGAAAACUGAUCUAUCCCAGAAAGAGUUGAGUGAAAUUUGGCAGAAUAAUUCUGGAAACAAAGUUGAUGAAUACCGUCUGAAAUGUCAAUUCCCUAUAAAAGAGGUUAAGAAUGGGAAUGUUCUAGAUAAAGCCGACAAAUAUGAUUCAGUUACAAAUGCUUUGAAUAAUUUGCAGAUAAACUAUGAGAUUUUACACAAACAAGUUGAGAGAAUGAAGAUGUUUCAGUUUUUGACAUUGUUAUUGUCUAUUGUUGCCGUUGUAUUGGGAUACCUGGUGUAUAUGAAUACUUAUGAAGAUAGGUAUUGUGAACAAAUUUAAAUAUUUCUAGAAACAACAAUAUACCACAGACACAACGGUUUUAUAAGCUUUAUAAAUUAAAUAUAUGGCAUCGGGUUAUGGAUCAAGUAUGCCACUUCAAUUGAUAAAUUGGUCUAAAUAUUUUGCCCAGAAACAUCACUAAAUUAAUAUAUUACUGAUGUAGGGUAGUACCUUAUUAUUAUAUUUUAUUAAUAUUAAGAAUUCUGUAUGAAAGUACAAACACAGGAGUACCAUAACAUUUUCUAACUGUAGAUAAAUCACAACACUAUUUAUUAUUCUCUGGGGUUAAGUUUAAGCUAUGGUGUAUAUAUUAAUAAUAGUUAAUUGAAAUUAUGAUUUACAUACAAGAUCAAUAGAAAGGAAUUGAAUAAAGAAAUAUAUAACGUAAACUUUAAGUCAAUCACAUAAAGUUGAUUUUGCUGUUUUAAGGUUUAUUUUACGGAAGUUUUUCAAAAACAACAUGUAAUUUUGUAAUCAUUCAAUCAUUUUUAUUAAGUGUUACCUCCUAUGAAUAAUUUUUGUAUAAGGAAUUGUAAUAUAUACUUUUUAAAAUUUGUCUAGUUCUAAACUAUCACUUCAAUGCGGUAUAACUCGUAUAAACGUCAGUAGACUAGACACGAAUAAUACGUAUAAUCGAAUAGUUAACGUAAUCGAUUGGUAAACUACAGAAUCGGUAAAUGAUGAGUAUUUUGCGUGUAUUUGAAUUCUAAUAAAAUUAAAACCGUAAAAACUUAAACGAAUACUUGACGAGACCAACUUAAA